CCAGAGUUCAACACCAGGGUUAACUUCAACAUAAAGGUAGAGUUCAACAUGCAGGUAGAGUUCGACACAAUGGAGCAGAUUGUGCAACAGCUUCAGGCGACGCUGGAACGUCAACAACAAGACAUUCAAUUACUACGUCAACAGCUUGCGGCGGAGCAGGCCAAGACGUCGGUCAUCGAGCGCCUCGCGACGUCGAUCGACAAGAUGGCUGCGAAUAGUGGGUCGUCAUCCCUUGUGGACACCAAGGGCAUAGGCAAACCCACUACGUUUGGAGGCGGGGACGAGAAGGAUCUAGAGAAGAAGUUCGGCGUGUGGCAGAGGAGGACCCAGAACUUCAUCGUGAGCGUGCACCCGUCUCUGGACGACGUGAUGGAGUGGGCCAUCGAGAAUAAGGAGACCAUCACGAACGACAUACUGCUGCAGGCCUUUGGCGACGAUGCGGAUCCAGCCAACAAGAUCGAUGACAUUUUGGAGAAGCCCCACCAGGUGUACAGCAUGUUGGUCCAGAUCACAGAGGGCGAGGCCAAUGACAUCGUGUGCAACUCUGGGUCCAACGGGAUGGAAGCCUGGCGGAAGUUAAGCAGACGGUUCGACCCGCUUACUGGGGGUAGGGUUCGCAACCUACUUAGGCAGAUCAUCAGCCCCGGGAGGUGCUCCGUGGACGUUAUUGCGGGCGGCUUGGAGCGUUGGGAGGAGCUGGUGACGAAGUACGAUCGCUCCAACACGUCCCGGGGAGAGGCCCGGACCCUACCAGAGGACAUAAAAAUGGCUGCGCUCGAAAGCCUUGUCCCCCAGGAGCUGGAGACGCACCUGCAGCUGAACGCCACGAGGUUCGACACCUACAUGGACAUGAGGACCGAGAUCGUGCGUUACGUGGAGGCGCGGCUCGGAGCCAAGAUUCGUGGACCACAGGUUCAGCAGCAUGAUCGUCAUCGAGACCGUGGCAGCGACAUGGACGUGGACAUGGGAUCCCUCCAGAGGCACCCGAAGGGCAAGGACGGCAAGGGCAACUCCGGCAAGGGCUUCGACGGUUACUGUUUUAAUUGCGGGGGCUGGGGACAUCGCAGUUCCGACUGCCGGAGAGCUCCCCAGGACGGCAAAGGCCGUGGAGGAAAGAGCGACCCCAAAGGCAAGGGUAGGGACUCCAAGGGUAAGGACACCAAAGGCAAAGCACGAGGAUCAGGAGCUCAUGAGACGGGGGCGUUUGAAUUGUGCACCCUCGACCUGUGCCCUCUCACGAGCAUCACCAGCGACGAUUUCGACGAGCACGGCAACCCGAGGGACACGGAUCUGGCAACGGAGCUGGACCACAUACCGGAUCUAGGUCUGACUAUGGACACGGGUCAGGCGUGCGAGAUGGACGACAUACCGGAUCUAGGUCUGACUAUGGACACGGGUCAGGCGUGCGAGAUGGACGACAUACUGGAUCUAGGUCUGAUUAUGGACACGGAUUUGACAAGGGAGCUGGACGACAUACCGGAUCUAGGUCUGAUUGUCGAGACGGAUCUGGCGUGCGAGAUGGAUCACUUACCGGAGCAAGGUGCGAUUCUGGAGCUGGAUGUGACGAGCGAGCCGGACGAGAUAGUGGAGCUGGAUAUCAUCAUCGAGAUGGCUCUGACCAGCGAAACGGACGAGAUAACGGAGCUAUACGUGACCAUGGCACUGGACUUGGACACGGUGGAGCUGAGGAAGCCGGAGCUUGAGGUCAACUCCGUGGACAUGAACAGCUUCAAGACUGCGAGUGGCGAGGUCGUGGACGACGAGGGUCCGUUCCAGUUUCUUGGUUACUCCUUGAAUGGCCAGCUCUUCCGGUUGAACGGGCGCCUGGCGGACAUCCACAAGCCGUUGGUGUCGGCAGGCAAAGUCACGGAGAAUUGCAUGAUCAUCUUGAAGGAGCACACCGGCCACGUGAUCCCUAGGACGAGUAACCUUGCCAAGAAGAUCAACGAGGUGAUCCAGAACGAGUUGGAGGCGUCACCGAAGCAGGAGCUGCUGAAGCUGAAGAACGAGCUGUGGAAGUUCAACCUGGACACGGGCGCUGCGUGCACGGUGUUCCCGACUAAAUGGGCGAAGCCGGACGACGACGCUUCGAGGUCAAAGCGGGAAUUGGCUCCCAUGGAGGUGGUGGGGGGCGACCCGGAGAGCACGGAGGCGAUUCCGGAGAUCGUCACGGAUUACUUCUACAUGGGCGAGGAAGAGAAGGCUGCGACGCACGUUUUCAUCAAGGACCGGGUCACCAGCAUGAUCGGCGCGGCUGUCUUGGACGGCAAGACGAGCACGUAUGCGGCGAAGUAUUUCACGAAUUUCUUGGUGGAGCUAGGGUACCGCAGGAUCAUCUUGAAGAGCGACAACGAGCCUGCGUUGUUGAAACUGCGCAGGGAGGCUGUGAAGGACAUGCAGAUCGAAGUUGUGCCACGGGAGUCGCCUGUGAGCGAUCACCAGGCCAAUGGUGCGGCUGAGAGUGGCGUCCGCGAGGCUAAGAAGGGCAUCCGUGCCCUCAAGACGUCCACCGAAGACCGGUAUGGAAGGAAGCUCGCUGAGGACCACGUGCUCCUAGCGUGGCUUGCGCGGCACGUGGUUCAGACGUCCAAUCGGUACAAAGUCGGUGAGGACGGACGUACGCCGGUGCAGCGGUCAACUGGCAGGCGGUGGAAGAAACCGGCAUUAUUGUUCGGAGAGUGCAUUAUGGCGAGGCUGGCGGUGACUAGGGCUGGCAUCAUGAUUCCGGGUGCCGCUGGGGCCCAGGAAGGGCUCAAGAGGGACGUGUACAUCGCAGCCAAGAUGACGGAGAAGUACGGCCUGACGCCGGAGUGCCCGGCCUGCACGGAGAUAUUCUUCGGAGGUUCGACCAGGCAGGGCCAUGCACCGACGUGUCGUUCACGGAUCGUGGAGGCGAUGGAGAAGGACCCGGACGGUCGUCUCCGGCUAGCGGCGGCGAGAAAACGGAAGAAGGCUUCGACGGCAGCGCCAGAUGCCAAGCAGGAGUCUGAGGUGGAGGACGCCGUGCGCGAGAAGCCGGAGGAGGAGCAGGAGGAGGUGGACAUGACUGUGGGGGAGGGGGACCACAUGCAGGUAGUGAAGCCCGAGCGCAACAUGAAGUGCGACAUCGGCAGCCUAAGCGAGCAGGACAGCCAACGAGCGCAGGACCAGCGAGCUCGAAAGCGAGGAGCCAUGGCUGGGACGAGUGGCAUCUCAGAAAAAUCGGCGCCGGCGGUGGGCCAGGCGCGCAAUGCAGACGUGGGUGCGUUCUCUGCGUACAAGGACAAGUACUUCGCAGAGACGUUUAAGCACGUGACGGAGUUUUACACCGGCUCGGAGUUCGAGGGCGACGGCAUCCGGGGGGGUAUCCCGGAUAGCAGUCGAGAUGUCCGCAAUGGUUUCGCCAUUGAUUUACGACUUCAGCGACCUGACGGGCAGUUCUGGGACCUUUCACGGGAUGAGGACAUAGACAUGUUAGAUAAGCUCCAGGACAAGUACAAGCCUGAGGUGUUGAUCGGGUGUCCAUCGAGUACUGUGUUUUCGAGGCUUCGGUCGCCAUCGAGAGUAAACUUGGGCCCAAACACCGUGAGCUUAGAGAUGCAGGACGGCCGGAGGCACUUGAGAGCGAGUGUCGACGCGUACCGGAAGCAGAUCAAGAUGGGCAAGUUGUUCUUGCAUGAGGUUCCUGGGAUUACCACCUCCAGGGACGAGGACAUCAUGGCGGAGCUGGAGAACAUGCCGGGAGUGUACAUGGACGAGCGUGUGAGCCUGCAGGGCAAGAGUGGUUGGUAUCGGCAUGUACGUCCAGUUGGUUUUCAGAAGGUGAGGUCUACGCAGAUAUAUCCGCCGAGGCUGAUGUAUGCGAUUUUACGUGUGGUUCGUGAUCAGCUUGUUCACCGGAUGGAGUUGUCGAGUAUGGACAUUUGCACGGCUGGGCCCAUAGCUGACGAGCCGGAGGUGUACAGCGACGAACAGUGGAAGACGUAUUACGACGACGUCAACGGCGGGAUACCACCGACGAAGUUGGUGGAGGACGCUAGUCAGUUGGAGCGGGACUGGGUUGCCAAGGAGGGCGUGUACACCAAGGUCCCGCGGGAGGUCAUGGAGAGCGAGGGCGCUACUGCGAUUCCGCUGCUCUGGAUUGACACCAACAAGGGCGACGCUAAUAAACCUGUCGUGCGUUCUCGAUUGGUCGUGAUGGAGGCCGCGAAGGGCAAGAAGGCGAAGUUCGAGCAGCUGAGUCCGGAGAAGUUGUUCUCCGCCAUGCCGUGGUUGGAGGCUUUGAAGCUUCUCUGCAUUAUCCAGGCGACGCAACAGCGGAGUUCCAGGGGCGCCGAGCUCAAGCUAGCGUUCUGGGACAUCUCGCGGGCACACUUCACGUCGAAGUGCGAGCGGAGGCUGUUUGUCAAGUUGCCAGAGGGAGAUCCCGACAGACACACUCAUGUUGGGCUGCUUCAGAGGACCAUGUACGGAACUCAGGACGCAAGCCACCUGUGGCAGAAGAACUACACCGACCUUUUGGCUAAGAAGGGUUACGUUCCGGGGAAGACGAACCCAUCUAUAUUCUACAACCCAUUUGAUGGAUCGAGGCUUUUCGUCCACGGUGAUGAUUUUGUUCUCUUGGGUGAUCAACGUUCAAUUACGGAAAUGGACACGCUGUUAGAUUUUAAGUUCACUUGCAAGCACGUGGCAACGCUUGGCACGGAGGCAGGUGACUCCCAGGAUGCGUGCAUCUUGAACCGGAUUGUUCGUAUCACGGAGGACGGUAUUGAGAUCGAAGGAGACCGUAGGCACGCAGAGCUUCUUGCACGAGACUUGGGGUUAGAAGAGGCCAAAUCUGUAGAUACGCCACGUGUGAAACAUUCUGAGUCAGACGUAUGGAAGGGUGCAGACAGCAGAGUACUUUCGAGUUCUGAGGCGACGCUGUAUCGUUCCUGUGUUAUGCGGGCAAGCUAUCUUGGACAAGACCGUUUGGACAUCCAGGAGGCAGUGAAAUGUCUUGCACAGAGCAUGAAGAGCCCCAAUGAGUUCAAUCUCCAGGAGCCGAAGCGUCUUGGGCGUUAUGUGCUUGGACGGCCGAGAGCUAUCCUGAAGUUUCCGAAGCAGGCGAUGCCAAACUCUGCCCAUGCCUUGGGCAUUAAAUCCCUGAUGGCGGACUGGGGGCUGUCUUCUGCAAUCCGUUUGAACGUGAAGACGGACUGCGCGGCAGCGAAGGGAUUCGCGACCCGCCGAGGGUUGGGCAAGCAGAGACAUGUCAAUACACGUUAUCUGUGGCUACAAGAUAGAGUGGCGAGCGGCGACAUUCGGAUCGUGAAGGUUCGGACUACCGAGCAGAUGGCCGACCCUCUGACGAAGGCGAUGGCCGUCGGCAUGAGGGACCCUUUGCUUACGACAGCCGGCUUGGUCUUCGACUCGAGCAGGGCCGUGACUCAGAAGGGACUUCUGGCCUGA